ACUAUGGAUAUUUACUCUCCCUGUCUCUAUUCACUAUUCUUCAUCAUCCGAUCUCGUGUUGCUGCAUAAAUAAAUACAGAUUCAACCUCUUAUCCACCAAUUUUACACUUUUCGUCUCUUUUUGAGUUAAUUAUUGGGAUUGGCAAGUUGUGAGCUUGUGAUCCCUCAGAUCUAUUGAUUGAAAGAGCAAUGUCUUUUAUUGGAACACAGCAGAAAUGCAAGGCGUGUGAUAAGACUGUGUAUCCAGUGGAAUUGCUGUCUGCUGAUGGAGUUAGUUAUCAUAAAUCUUGCUUCAAAUGCUCCCAUUGCAAGGGAACCCUCAAGCUGAGCAGUUAUUCGUCGAUGGAGGGUGUUCUCUAUUGCAAGCCCCACUAUGAGCAACUUUUCAAGGAGACUGGCAGUUUCACCAAGAACUUUCAAUCACCUGCAAAGUCAGCUGAGAAGUUAACAGCAGAGAUGACAAGAUCACCUAGCAAGGCUGCAGGCAUGUUCUCUGGAACACAAGAGAAAUGUGCAACGUGCGGCAAAACAGCUUACCCACUUGAGAAGGUGACCGUGGAAAGCCUGAGUUAUCACAAGUCAUGUUUCAAGUGUUCUCAUGGUGGAUGCUCUCUAACUCCGUCAAACUAUGCUGCCCUAGACGGCAUCCUAUACUGCAAACCCCAUUUUUCACAGCUCUUCAAAGAAAAAGGGAGCUAUAACCAUUUGAUCAAGUCUGCAUCAAUGAAACACCCGACUGUUGCGGUUCCUGACUCUUGAACACAAGGCACGUUCAGUUUUUUUACUACUCUGGAAUGAGCUUGCCUUUGUGGGUGUGUUUUUCGACAUAUUUCUGUUUGAUUUCGAGUCCUGCAAACGUGGAGGUAACUAUCACCACAACUGAGUGUAAUGCAUUCAUUGCUGGUGCUGUCGACACAAUUGAGGGGAACUUUAUAUUUCCCAUCACUGUUCUUAAUGCCAUGCAACAUGUUUAAGUUUCAUACACAAUGGCUUCAUUUUCUUCUCUGUUGAGAGUUUGUUUGCAACUUGCAAGGUUUGAUUUGGAUCAAGAUAUUGUUUAAUACAGUU